UGGCGGCGGGCCGGGGGCAGGGCGGGCCGGAGCGCCUCGCGGGAGCGGCCGGGCCCCCAGCGCCGCCGGAGGGCAGGCUGGCCGGGUGCCCCGGGCCUGGAGAAGCCAGCCCUCCUGGCAACAGGUAGAGGCUGGAGGGAGGCACCCGGAGCCGCUAGCGGAGGGCCCGAGCCGCCGGCGCCCCUUUGUUGGGGAGGAGAGUCUCCCCCCCAGCCCCCCCCCCCGCCCCCGCCGCCCCGGCCUGGCGGCGGGCCCGCGGCCAGGGUAGGAGGGAGACGGGGGGUCGUGCCGACUUUUUCUCGGGCUGGUCCUCAGUGCCCGCUCCGGGAGGGAGGUCAGAGCGUCCAUGUGCUUAACGGGAAACAGGAAGGAGUGGCUCUUGCGUCUGCCCCGGCCCCCCAAGGCUAAGGCUCCUAUACCGUUAUGGGGUGUGUGUGGCAGGGGUGGGGAGGGGGGAAGCUGCCGGUGAAACUGGUUUUCUGGGCCACAGCUUGUUAAUUACCGGCCUGGAGGCUCUCUGGCAAGUAGGUUAAUGGCAGGUGUGUGGCGCUAAUCUUUGGCCUGAGCUUGGGGGUUUCUCUCUCUCCCCAAGCCAGGCCCCUGGCAUCAAAACCUGGGCUUCAGUCACUUGAGUUGCUAGCCCCAGUAGUCAGGGGGACUCUGGGGACCCUGAGAAAUGGAGGAGGGAGCUGAGUCUGGGAAGGCCUCCAGCAGGCGGUCACCGGGCAUCGGUGCUGAAAGGGUCGCUGCCCCCGUACCAAAGUCCAGAUCACCUAAUCUAAAUGUGGGUGGCCAGCUGCACUUGUGGUGGGGCUCUAGGGAUAAGGACUUGUCUGCAGCUUUGUGUCUCCGGGCCUGGCCUUAAUCAUAAAGUGAUCUGCACACACUCUCUGUUCUAAACAGAGUUCCUUGUCUCCCUUGGCACCCUACAGUCCACUCCCUUCACUGGGGCCUUUGCACGGCUUUCCCCCUGGGAGGGCCGGCCUCCUCUCUCCCCUGUCACUGGCCACAGGCCACUGAUUCUUUACAGCACUGCCCGGCUCAGCCUCUUCAACCUGCCUGCCUCUCCCUGCCCCUGGAGGCUGUAGUCACAUGCAGUAUUUGGGUGUGUUGGGGCCUCUAGCGGGGCAGCUUAGACAAGCUAAAUUUGGGGACCGACACUGCGGCCUGGAACAAUGACACACCUCCUGUUGGCUUCAUCUAGUUCCUGAGGUGCUGUUGCUGCCUGAAAAGAGACUUUUCAACUGGAAGACCAUUUGGGUCCUCCCGCUUUUUUGUAGUCCCUCAAGCCUGUGGGACCCUGUGUUUGUCACUCUCUCCUUUGCUGAUCCUGUUUUCCUCAAUCAUAUCUCCAAACUCUAAGAGCCAGAGAGACUUUUCACCUUGAGUCGGACAUCCCUUCCCCACCAACUCCAACUUCUGCCCUCUAAGCGUUCUGGGUUUACAAGCCCCCAUGGGUACCCUCUGCCCCUUUUCAUCCAUCUCUGAGUGUGUGGGAGGGGUCAGUCAGAGUUGGGGUAAAGGGUGGGGGUGGGGCAGAGCCCUGUUCAAGUUCCUGGUAAUCCAAUGCCCAUGAAAUCCCUGCUCUGCUGGCCCCUUUCCAGCCUGUGCCUCAGAAAGUGGCAUCUGUGUCUCUGAGGCAGGUGUGUAUGUGUGUGUGCGUGUGUAUAUGUGUGUAUGUAUGUGAGAGACACACACAGAUGCAUACACACACUAUCAUCUCUUCAUGUGUGUGUCAGGAGUAAAUUCUGUGAGUGGAAAAACAUCUGUAGGUGUGAUUUCUCCAGCAGAAAAUCAAGUAUCUACCCUGAGGGCCAACUUGCUGGAAAAGCAGGGUUGUCUCCCUAGGCCAAGUAGAUAUCCUGCCUUCUUGGCUUGAUGUGCUGGUGCCAAGAAGCCACCAGGGCUGCCUCUGGGAGCAGACUUGUUGCUUCUGUGGGGGUGUGUAAGCAGGGUGCUAGGGAGCCCCUGUUGUUCACCAACACCCCCCCCCCCCCCCCCCCUGUGUUGAGUCAGAAGUCCUGACCCUGCUGAAUCUGGUGCUUCUCCCUGCUGGGCUAGGCCCAGGGUGGGGAAGGGUGGGCAGGGAGGGGGUAGCAUUCCUCUGCUAAUGGAAGUCCUAGGCUGGGCCGCAAGGGAGGGCUGUGGUCACAGAAAGACUGAAAGCCAAGUGUGAGAGAGCCCCCAUGAAUCUGCAUCUCUGAGCUCCUGACACACCAUAUUCUUUGGCUUUCCCUGUUUGGGAUGGGAAGGGGAUGAGUGCUAUCUUGUCCUGGGGUUGAGAUAGUUGCACUAUCCUGGUGAUUGCCCUUGACCACUCUCUGACACUUUUUCUGCCAGCUUCCCCAGCUUCUCACUUUCUUUGGAGGGAUAGACUGGCAGAAGACAUUCCUGGACCCCAGGAGUCAGGGAGAGGGGCCCCACUCCUACCCUCUGGGACCCCAGCCGGCCUUCUGAAUCUUUAAUCCUCAAAAUGUCCCUGACAAGAGAAACUUCCUGCCAGUUUUCACUGACCAGUGUAGGGAUGGGGCCCAAUCUCCAGGCCUGUCUGUACCUUUGGCUUUAGAUCUCAGUGAAUGACAAGUUGGGCUCUAAGAGACAGCAGUCAGGGGACAUGUCAGGUGUACUUCCCUACCUCCAAUCUAGCUAAGCUAAGAAUGUGGAAAGGAGGAUCCAGAGAUGUGCUAGCACAUCUAGGCCUUUUACCUUGCCCCCUCUCCAUUAAAUUUUCUCUAUCUUUUCUCCAGGAUAAAAGUGUGUCGUACACAUGGUCGUGUGGGUAAAGUUCCACUGUGGAUAAUUAUGUUUAAUUUUGUUCAGUUCAAAAAGGUUCCAUCUCUUUAACUGAUUAAAUAUUUAUUCUGGCUAAGGUGGAGGGGGAAGGGGCAAUGAAUGCCCUCAGGAGCUGAGGCCUGGAGAGAGAGAGAGAGAGAGAGAGAGAAUGUGUGUGUGUGUGUGUGUGUGUGUGUGUGUGUGUGUGUGAGAGAGAGAGAGAGAGAGAGAGAGAGAGAGAUUGGGGGAAGGUGAAGCUGAAGCUCCUUUAUUGUCAGUGCUGACCUCUGAUUUCAUCUGAGAGCAGUGACCAGGAGUGGGGACAAGAGGGUAAAGUCCUUGAGCUGGAAUAAUGACCCGUGACAGGCUGAGAGGGAUUUCGCAAGUGCUUCUGUGGUGGGUGUGGGCGGAGCUGUUGGAAGAGCAGCCGGAGGACCAGCCCAGCUCAGCUGAGAUCUGAUCAGCCUUCAGCCAGUGGCACCAACUGGUGUCCAAUUCACAGUGGAGAACAAUCUCCCCACUCUCUUCCCUCCCUGGGUGGGAGGAGACCACCUUCCUUCUGUGUCAGCGCUUCAAUCCAAGGCCAGCCUGAAUACCACCACCUCUCUUCCCUCCUGGGAGGAUGAGGACUGGGAGCCUGGAAACUUCUGCCCUUGCCAUCCUGCUGGCGUUCAUUGCUGAGUCCCAGGACUGCCAGGAUGCUCCAGACCCUGUAUGACUACUUCUGGUGGGAACGGCUGUGGCUGCCUGUGAACUUAACCUGGGCUGAUCUAGAAGACCGGGAUGGACGUGUCUAUGCCAAAGCCUCAGACCUCUACAUCACACUACCCCUGGCCUUGCUCUUCCUCAUCGUUCGAUACUUCUUUGAGCUUUACGUGGCCACCCCACUGGCUGCCCUCCUGAACAUAAAGGAGAAAACUCGGCUGCGGGCACCUCCCAACCCCACCUUGGAGCAUUUCUACCUGACCAGUGGCAAGCAGCCCAAACAGGCAGAGGUAGAGCUCCUGUCACGGCAGAGCGGGCUCUCUGGCCGCCAGGUAGAGCGCUGGUUCCGGCGCCGCCGCAACCAGGACCGGCCCAGUCUCCUCAAGAAGUUCCGAGAAGCCAGCUGGAGAUUCACCUUUUAUCUGAUCGCUUUCAUUGCUGGCAUGGCCGUCAUUGUGGAUAAACCCUGGUUCUAUGACAUGAAGAAGGUUUGGGAGGGAUAUCCCAUACAGAGCACCAUCCCUUCCCAGUAUUGGUACUACAUGAUUGAACUUUCUUUCUACUGGUCCCUGCUCUUCAGCAUUGCCUCUGAUGUCAAGCGUAAGGAUUUCAAGGAACAGAUCAUCCACCACGUGGCUACCAUCAUCCUCAUCAGCUUCUCCUGGUUUGCCAAUUACAUCCGAGCAGGGACUCUGAUCAUGGCUCUUCAUGACUCUUCUGACUACCUGCUAGAGUCGGCCAAGAUGUUUAACUAUGCGGGAUGGAAAAACACCUGCAACAACAUCUUCAUCGUCUUCGCCAUUGUCUUCAUCAUCACCCGACUGGUCAUCCUGCCCUUCUGGAUCUUGCACUGCACCGUGGUGUACCCACUGGAGCUCUACCCCGCCUUCUUUGGCUACUACUUCUUUAAUUCCAUGAUGGGAGUGCUACAGUUGCUACAUGUCUUCUGGGCUUACUUCAUUCUGCGCAUGGCCCACAAGUUCAUAACUGGAAAGCUGGUAGAAGAUGAACGCAGUGACCCGGAAGAAACCGAGAGCUCAGAGGGGGAGGAGGCUAUAGCAGGGGGAGGAGCAAAGAGCCGGCCACUAGCCAACGGCCACCCUGUGGUCAGUAACAACCAUCGUAAGAAUGACUGAACCAUUGUCCCUGCUGCCCCUCAGAUUAAUGCGUAAAGCCAAGGAACUAGUCCCUCCUCCCCACAGGGCCACUUUGAGCCCUGGGGGCUGGGGAGGGGGCUGGGAAGCAGAAAGCAAGGAGAAAGUUCUUCUGUGUCCCAGCCCCCGGCUUCUUUGUCACCCAGUUGCCUUUAAACCAAAUUCGAACCAGCCAAUCCCCAGAUAGAGGGGAGGCUGGUACAUCCUUUGUUAGAGGGGGACGGACUUCUUUUCCUCUCUUUUUUUCAAGAUGUACUGUUGUUUUUGAGGCCCUUCCUCAGCUCUGGGGGUGGGGGUUACAACUCACAUUCCUUAUUCUUCAGAAUUUGGCCCCAGCUGUUUGCCUCUGACCCCCUGACCUCCAGAGCCAGGGUCGUGCCUUACUGUGCCACCUGUGGGCCUCAUUCUGCCAAAGAUGGACCAAGGCUCACCUUUCUAGGCUCCCUAACGUGGGCCAGAAACCAAAGCUGAGCUUUUACUUUUUUCCCUCCAAAGACACAAAUGAAUUGAGUGUAGGAGGGUACAUAUGACCCCUGCCCUACCUCUGCCAAAAAGGAGGAGCCACACUGGGACUGUUCGGCCGGUCUAUGUGUCACUUCUCUGCCAGCUCUCUCUAAUCACAGGUCCAAGAUCUUACUGCCUCCUUUCUCUGGCCUCUUUCCCUAGGCUAGCUGGUUUGGAAUAGAAUGGCAACUAGUUCUAAUUUUUAUUUAUUAAACAUUCGGUGUUUUGGUUUUCAAGCCAGAAUUACAGCUAGCACCUGGCAUUUGAGCAGAGGGACCACUUCAGACCAAAAUGUACUGUUAAUGGUGUUUUUUUUUUUUUUUUAAUUAAAAUAUAUUAAAGAUGAAAACAUGGCAACAAGUGUCUGAGACUAGCAGGAACUGCGAAGGGGGAUCAACUAAAUAAACUAAGGUAGUCUUCCUCAUG